CUGAGGCCCGUUCACUUCUUUUCACGGUCAAUGGAUAAGCUCUAACAUACGCCGUUGGCGUACGAUAACCGGCACCUUCCCUGAUAUCCCAAUUCGCAUCUAGUCCAGUCCAAUUUUCUCUUUUAAUAUCAAUUUGCCUUUGGCUUUGCCAUUUUUUCACAUUUUUCAGUGAGCUUUCUGUUUCAAUCAAAAUCAAUGGUGGGAUUAAGCAUGGAGGAGAUGUCUUUACCAGUCCUUUUCGAGCAGGCUCGGAAAAUUCACCAAGCCGCCGCCGAUUCUUCCGUCGAUCAGGAUACCUUGAGGAAAGCCUGCGAGCUGCUGAACAAAUGCGAGGAGAUGAUCGGAAAACUCGGUUUGUUCUCGGCGAAUGAGACGAAGGAUGAUAUCAGCACCACUAAGCUCAAAUAUCUUCUCGUGCCAUAUUACCUUGGUGAGCUCGCUGAGAAAAUUGCUCAAGAGGAUAGGAUUGAAGUUGUUAAAGCUUCACAGACCAAGUUAAAGGAAUUUAUAUCUUUUUGUGAGGCAAUGGAGCUUGUACCCGAAGAGGAACUAGAAUCAUCUGGCCGAGCAAUGGAUGGUACAUCUGCUGAUAGGAGAGCUCAGAAGAUUGCUCGGUUCAAAAGACAGAAAGCUGCAGAGUCGAAGUUGCUUGAAAUAAGAGAACGAAAGGAACGGCGUGGGAGGUCAACCAAAGCUUCUGCAUUAUCUGCUCCUGUUGAGGUUGGAGAAGAAGAUGAUGUGGAUGAUGACGGAGAAGAAGAAAGGGAGGCAUGGCUAACCACCACCUCAUUGGCACUUUGUAAGGCAUUUGAUCUGCUUGAAAUGCUGAAGAAAGAGGAAGAGAUGCUUUUGGCUAUCAAGGAACGACAAUCUCAGGAAGGGGAAGGUGAACUUUCACGAUCUAUUCUCGAUGAGCGCGCUAAGAAAGCCGAAGCCUGGCAUCGUGAUGCUGCCUCAAGGGCUCGUUUUACAAAACCUGCUGCCCCUAUCACAUGUGCCACUUUCGCUCAAGAUGUUCUAGAAGGUAGAGCUAACGUUUCGCAGGCUCAUGAACACCGGCACCAGCCAAUGAUAUUCGGACCAGCAAGCCUCGUCAGUAAAAACCCGACCAGCGAGAGGGAGAAAAUCGCUGCUCAAGUAUUCCAACCUCACUACAGAUUACCGACAAUGAGUAUAGAGGAAGCCGGUUUAAAGGAAAUGGAGAUAAUGAACAAAUGGCAAGAAAGAAACGUAAAGCUUAUGGAAGAAGCUAACUCGUCAUGGUACAAAGACAACAAGCAACCGAAGCCGAGCGAGGAGGAUGAUGAGAGUGAUGAUGAUGAUGCACAAGAAAAGGCGAGAGCUUGGGACGAUUGGAAAGAUGAAAACCCUCGUGGUGCAGGAAAUAAGAAGCUCACUCCAUGCGGCUAAUUAUCACUCCACAUUUUGAGUCGUGUCAGUUUAUAAUUCUGUCAUGUGUUAUUUGCUGUAGGAUAUGAUGUUUUAAGUUCUAUCCUGGAAUGUGUAGUACUGGCUGAUGAGUAUACAGGAGUUUAUAUUAACUUAAUUCGAUGCUUUUGUUUGUCUUGGGUACGCGUCGUCUUGCAUAGUUGAUUUUGCAAUCAAUCGAGUCCGGUUUUGGCUUUUGAUGGGUGAUUGAAUACUUUUAGCUGAAUUAACAAAAACAUAAUGGGUGUUGCUAGUUUGGUCUUUGUCUUGGUAGAUAAAUUCUGAACUGAAUUUCUGAAUUUGCAUGAAGAGAUUGGUUACUUUUGGAAUAUUCAGGUGUUUAAA